AUGUGCCUUUUCUCUUUUCUUUCAGGAAUUGACUUUAAAAUCAGGACCAUAGAGCUCGAUGGCAAGAGAAUUAAACUGCAGAUAUGGGACACGGCCGGUCAGGAGCGGUUCCGGACCAUCACGACAGCCUACUACCGGGGCGCGAUGGGCAUCAUGCUGGUCUACGACAUCACCAACGAGAAGUCCUUCGAUAACAUCCGCAACUGGAUCCGGAACAUUGAGGAGCACGCCUCUGCAGAUGUGGAAAAGAUGAUACUCGGGAACAAGUGUGACGUCAACGACAAAAGACAAGUGUCCAAGGAGCGGGGAGAAAAGCUGGCCCUCGACUACGGGAUCAAGUUCAUGGAGACCAGCGCCAAGGCCAACAUCAAUGUGGAGAACGCGUUUUUCACUCUCGCCAGAGACAUCAAAGCAAAAAUGGACAAAAAGUUGGAAGGUAACAGCCCCCAGGGGAGCAACCAGGGAGUCAAGAUCACACCCGACCAGCAGAAGAGGAGCAGCUUCUUCCGAUGUGUUCUUCUGUGAGGAGAGCCGCCUUACUCUGAGCCUCGCUCGGCCGACCUGACUGUGCCCGCCCUGAGUGAGCCCCUCACUCAGCUGGGGCCUCCCACCUCCAGCGCCUGCUCCUGCAGUGGCUGCCGGGCCCGCGCCACCAGAAUGCAAUUCCAAAAUCGUUUAUUUUAGUAACUGCCUGAUCUUUCUCAACUUUGGAGAUGGAGUAAGUUAAAAUUUGCUAUUUUUCUCGUAACAUCCACUGAACGGGCUCACCCGCUUACCACGUACUGAGAGGGAGAGAGGCCGAGGCGUGACCAUCGACGGCACCCAGUAUCCGCCUCCAUCUGGGCCUCCACCCUUGCCACCAUGACAGCCACCAAGAAGCCUGCACAGGCCUCCCCCUUACGGCAGAAGCCAUGGCCCGAGGCCCGCGGCAGCUGGACACAGGCCCCACCCCGAGCAGGGCCACUGGUGCCGGGCCCAGCGGCACCGCCCAGCCAUCCCGGGGCCUGCUGCCACUUUCUCUCCCAUUUGGACAGGUGACAAAAACCCUUGUCCUCUUUGCCUGUGAAGCCAAAGGGGAGCCUGUGUGGAGGAAGUCCGGCGUGAAGCCUGAGAGAGAGCUGGCGCAGCCCGUUCAAGGCCAGGCCCCGGGCAGUCCUGUCGGCACCCAGGGUCGCUGUGUGCCCAGCGGCCCCAGACACGCAGCCUCACCCCUGCAGCCCUCCAGUGCCGGGAACCCUCCUCGCACGCCAGAAUGGCACCUCGCUGUGCCCUCCCCUCUUCCAGGUCAGAGGCCCUCUCCAGCUGCCAUGUUUACUUCUCCAGGUCUGUCGUGCCACGAGGCACCUUUCAUUCCCAUGGCAGACCUGGCCGGUCGGGAUCAGGUGCCGCUCCCCUGGCCGGACACGAGGCGUUCCACGGCCGUGGACCCACCGCACGGCUGUCCGGGUGACUUUCAGCUGGAUUUGCUUCAACAGGUCUCUGUCCCGUAGAGACUGCGAUGGGGACCGGGCCACCAGGCCGGAGGGUGUCAGCAGGGAGACUUUUCUUUUUCUUCUUCUUUUUUUUCUUCAGCCACUGUCAGUCUCUUAUUUUUUUAAUUAAACCGACAUACCAGCAACAGUCUGCUCCCCCAGAACCUCUAACAUGCUCUGUUUACAUCAGUGAAUGCACUUGAGGAAAACAAAUUAAAGCUCACUUCAAAGUCUAA